GACCCAUCAUGAGCCUCUUGCUUACUUGUAAUGGAGCACGAGAGCCCGUUAGGAAGGUUGACCUCAACAACAUUGAACUCAACAGCCACCAGUCUUCUCGGCGAAAAGACAGCUCGUGGCGCACGAACAAGCUCUCUGCUUCCGACAGCGGGACGCCGCUCGUUCCGGUGCUCAUGAAGUCGCCGCAGCUCGCGUCCAGACCAGACGCGUGGGAGUGGGAGCAGAACAUGGAGAGAGCAACGCGGCAGAGCGAGAUGUGUGUUGUGGAGAGUGAGGUUGUCAGUUCGGGAAGGAGAUGCACGCCGGAUGGAGAGGAGGAAGGGGAUUUUCCAGAGAAUGGCAUAUGUAUCACGACAGAGUUUAGACGGUGGAGUGCAGCAGCCCCAAUGCCAUGACUUCCAAAU